UGUCGCAGUGAGGCAGAUUCGAACUUGUUUCUUGUUGUUUUUUAGCGGGGUCGUAGCAACCGCCCUUCGAUACGAACCUGGGCAGGAAGCGAAGCGUCGCUCGGCAACAUGGAGCCUCAAGAGCUAACUUCUCCCGCAGACAUCAACAGAAGGACUGAGUCAUGGUUUCAUCUCCCAGCAGAAGAAGACAGGAGUCAGUUCCUGGGUCUGGAAUUUCAGGACAGUCGUCUGUCACCUGCCCUUGCUCUGCUACCAGAGUAUGACUUCUCGGGAUACUCUCUCUUCCAACAAACAACAGACUUAGAGUUUGCCCCUUUAAGGGGAUCUCCAUACGUGUCUGUAGCCUCUGAGAGGUUUCUGACACCACGGGCCAAGAAGGGCAGUAACGGCGUUGUCCAGCCGUCUGACCCUCACCGUGCCUCUCUGUCCCAGCAUCCUCUGGCCUACACCUCCACCCUGUCUGAGCAUCCUCUGGGUCACACCUCCACCCUGUCUCAGUCAGAGGAGAUGGCCAGUAGCUGCUGCUCCCUGUCCGAACACAGCAUGUCCCCUGGUGACGGGUUGGGACAACCAGAGGAGGACCGCUACCCAGUCACCGUCAGGGAUAACGAGGGGCAGAAGACUCAUCGUUCUGGGACACGUACCAGUCUCCUUGACCCAGACAGACCUCUGGCCGUGCUCCCUGACGACAGCGCUUCCUUCCUCAGCGGGGACAUCCCUGCUAGAAAGCUGCUGGAGCUGCUCCAGAAGGACGUCGGCAUGCCCAGCGGUAGCAGCAGUGCUGUCUCCUCUGUCUCUGAGAUCUCUCUCAACAGGAUUAACUUCUUUGGGGGAGAAUCCAGGAGUGACAGCUGUGUUUCCAAACCAGACUGCUUGAGAGAAGAGAGGAAUGUGAGCCAAAGAGUGCAGCCCAACGUCUCACCCGAGCUGCAGCCCGACGUCUCACCCGAGCUGCAGCCCGACGUCUCACCCGAGCUGCAGCCCGACGUCUCACCCGAGCUGCAGCCUGACAUCUCACCACCAGUCACAGGGAGAAGAGAAGGCCCUCAAGGAGGAGCCUCCGUCUCACCCGAGAACACGGAGAAACUCAAAAGUAAACAGUCUUCACGGAUGUCUGAAAUUUCCAACAUCACCAUCCGUUCCCUAAGCAGCCAGCCGGAUGAAAGCAGUAAUGCGCUCCGCAGGCAGCUCUGCUCGGAGCUAGAGAAGAGUCUGGACUCUGAGCCUGGAGCAGAGUCCCAGGGAGGUGCCAGCCGUGGGCCCAUAACCUCCUUACACAGUGAAGUCAACACACCUGACAUUGUCACCAAUAGACCUAACGUUUCAACCACUGGAUCCACCAAAGGGAGGUUGAGCGUGACCAGAGGGCUACUGGCCAGUGUGUUAGGUCAAGGGGCUGGGGUCGGGGCCCAGUUUUCAGCAGGAUUCAGUGUGGAGCGAGGACAUAGGGAGAGAGACCUCUGGUCCUCAGGGAAUCAGACAGGCAUAGAACCAGACGUUUCGUUCCUGAGCCUCCUCCCUCAGCCCGUGUCCCAGUCCACCCCAGGUGUGUUCCUCCACGCUCCAGUCAGAUCCAGCACUAAGAUGUCUGCCCUCACCUUUAACAUGGAGGUCUCUCAGCGUUCCUCAGACUCCAGAGUCUCGCCCCAGCCUGCUGUAGUCACCCUGCCUGAUAGACACAUCCCUGUCCAGGACCCCCUUCUGCCUGCCAGAGAGACAGUACAGGAGCCCUCAGGAAGAAGCCACCAUUCUCUCCCCAGUCUCAACUACCUACAGAAGGUUGAUGCCUGGAAGACCAACCAGAGUUCAAACAAGAUGUCGUUCUAUGACAACCUGUCUCUUCAGGGUUUCUCCGGGGUCUUUCCCAAGCAGAAGGCCUACGAUGCAGUCUCUGACUCUCUGACCCGUAUGCUGACUCUUCCACAGCUGGGCAACCAGACCCUCAGCAGGUGUGAAUCUGGACCCUCCUCCCCUACCAGAGGGGAGGCAGCAGGUAGUGGUCUUCCCGAGAGAGAGGACACAGUCCGGCCUGUAGGAGGGCCAUCCCCCCUAUGCAGGUCUCAGUCCCACUCCUCCCUUAACACAGUGGUCACGUCUAUCCAGAGAGCUCACCGUGCACAGACACACACUGACCAGGACAGCAGUCAGACACAGACAGAGGAGGAGAGUGCUCCAGGCCAGCCCAGAGAGUUUGAGAAAAACCAGGGAGUGUCAGACAGGGUUCAGUCAGGAGGUGGACCUAAACAGCCCUCUCACUUCAUCAGCCUGGGACGCUUCAGUAACGUGUCAUCAAACCGAGACGUCCUCUCCAGUUCCCAGGACAGUGGUCACAGUGGGCAGAACUUUGAGGUGUCCGUCAGGGCUGCUUCUUCUUCUGUGGUCAGUCUGGGGGUGGAUAACUAUGCCCCGUACUGGUCCUCCAAACCUUCCUCACCACACAAGGAGAGGGAGCUCAACAUUGAAGAAAGGAUUCCGAUGUACCUUCACAACCUUGGGAUCGACCAAUCUCCUUCUACGAUCCUCAAUCCCUUUGGACCUCGAGGGCCAAUCAGAGAGCCAGAGUUCUCUCCCACUGAUCUGUGCACCAUAAAGGGAUCCACAGCAACUGGCACUCCAACCAAGAGCACACAGCCUUCUGAAGGCGACAGCCCUCAUAAAGGAGAGUUCUCCAGGUCCAGCCUGCUGUCUGUGGCCUCAAGCAUGUCCCUACCUCUCAGUGUGGACAGCCUCCAUCUCUAUCCCAUAAGGAGCCAGGCAGAGAACACCAGGGGCUGCAUGUCCUCCUCUCCGGGACCAGACAGAGACAGAUCUCCCAGCCAGGGCAGUCUGAGGAUGGCCCUCUGCCCCCUGGAUAUCUCAGUGGAGAACACAGAGCUCCAGGACUCCCAGCAGGAUUCUCACUGCCUCCAGCCAUCCUCCCCUGCACCACAGUCCACCCAGCCCCUUGACCUCCACAUCUACCAGCUCCCUGCACCACAGUCCAAUCAUCAAAAGUACCCUGGCUUGCUUCCGGACCUACAGUCCUCUGAGCAACAUCAGAGAGACAGAAGAGUUAAUGUCUCUACCCAGGCUGCUAUAGAGAUGGCAGGGAGGCUUGAGUCCAGUGCUGACAGCUUAUCUCAGUACAGAGACAGGGUCAAAAACAGCUUAUCUCAAUACAAAGAUGGAGACAGAGACAGUUUAUACAGUGACAGAGACAUGGACGAAGACAUCUUGUCUCAGUACAGAGACAUGGACAGAGACGUCUUGUCUCAGUACAGAGACGGAGCAGUAGCAUCCUGUCCCCAGGUUAACACCACCAUGGAUCGUAGUAAUCCUGACGAUUCCUUCGUAGGCUCCCAGACUCUUCAGGACAUUAGGCUUUUGUUGGGUCGGGCUGAAAACAUUGUGUCGGGCGGGUCCACCUCCUCUGGCGCCUCCUCCCACCUCCUCCACUCUAACGACGACAUCCUGCUCCUCUCUCUCAGGAGGAAGAUGGAGGGAUUCCAGGACUCCUCCUUCACCUCCUCCUCUGGUGGGGCCGGGGUAGGGGACCCGAGGAGUCACUCCUCAUUGCUUUGGGCCCGCUCCUCCUCUGACUCCAUGCUGCCGGCAGAUAGGAAGAGAGAUGAGGAGAGGGAGAGCUCUGCCUACAGCGGGGAAGGUCAUGUCAGGCUAACCAGAGAAGCAGAGCAGCUGUCCACACCCGCCAGAGAGGAGUCUGGGAGACUACUACGGGACAGUGAGCAUUAUGGGAGACCUCAGGACAGUUCUGAAAACAGAGAGCAUUAUGGGAGACCACCACAGGACAGUUCUGAAGACAGAGAGCAUUAUGGGAGACCACCACAGGACAGCUCUGAAGACAGAGAGCAUUAUGGGAGACCACCACAGGACAUCUCUGGCAGUAGCUCCACUUUCCUCCUGACCGAAUCCGUGCGGAGGGCGGAACCUGAGGGCUGCAGUGCCGGCCUCUCGGACACGAGGAUUGGCCCUGUGCUGUUGUCAGUUAUGCCGGUCAGCCAACCUGGUCCCUCAUUGGGUGAUGCUGGCGGUGGCAAGCUGCAACAGGCUCCAACAACAACAAUGGGAGGAGGGAACACAGUGCAGGUGGCUCCAGCAGAGGGAAACUCUUCCUCUUCUUCGUUCUCCUGUCCCGUGGGCUCUGAGCAAGGGUUUGGAGGUCUGUCUGAGCCGGCCCGAGGUGGGGAUCAGGGUGGAGAUGCUCUGAGUGAUGGUGGCGGCAGCAGCAGCAGCGGCGGUAGUUCCCUAGCAGCCAGGGUAGCCAGGCUGCUCCAGAGUGAGUCCCCGGCUACGGUGGUGUCCCUGUCCAGCCGAGCCAGUACCGCCACCUCAGACCUGGAGGAAAGCAGAGCAAGAGAGUGGCUGAGGCUGAAGGUGUCUGGGCAGCAGUGUGAAACUCUGGAGCUCAACACGGUGGACAGACAACGCAUAGAAGAGAUAAAGAGAGAGAUACUCUUUAAUCACCCACUAAAGAGCCAGAGGAGCAUGGACACGGACAGCAGUAGUGCGUCCAGCCUUGUAGGUCCAGGGGGCCAGCCUCCCUCCCUACCCCAGCCUGAGGAGCAGUUGGAUGGGGAGCAGCAGCAGUUCAGGGCCCUGAGGGCAGCAGAGGACUGUCUGUCCCACCAGCUACAGCAGUUGAGCGGGAAUCCGUUUGACGACAGCGUUGAGCUGCGUACCCCUCUAAGGCAGGACCUAGAGGCCCGGGUCAGACAGAUCGCCCUCCGAGAGGGGAUAUACGUCCUCCCUAGAACUCACCUUCCACCCCUCACCUCCAUCACCAUUGCCACCUCCCGCCGCUCCCCUCUCCCCGAGCCUCUACAGGUGUCCCAGUUCACCUUAGAUGGGGUCUCCCAACCCACAGUGCAGGGGUGGCUACCUCAGACACAGCAGCAGGAGAGGGAGAGCAACGCCACCUCAACACCCUGCUCCGUGUCCAGAGACUCAACCACCACGACUGGAUCACAGGCCAACAGCAGCAGUCUGUACCCCAGAGACAGAAAGACACGCCUGGGCCAGGAGCGGGGCCAGGAGCGGGGCCAGGAGCCGGGCCAGGUAGAAUCCCAGCUGCCUGGUAGAGACCAAGAGAACCACUUUACUGGUCCCCCCCACUCCGCAGCUCCUCUCCCUCUGACCCCAGGCAUGUACGGACAGAUGUCCUGUUCUCACCCCGACGUAGGGCGUCCUGGGUCCAUCAUGGGUUCUGGAGAAGACUGGGUCUCUGGAGCUUGGACCACCAGGACGGGUUAUGUCUCCCACCUCCACCUCACCCUUUCCCCUGGUCCUAAAGGGGCUGAAGAGAGGUCCCGGAGACUUCUGUCCUUUGCUCCUGUCAGACACUCCUCUGCUGUCUCCAGCAGUAUUGACGUAGACAAGAGCCCAAGUUACGCCCCCGAGCCUUCCCCGGCCAAUCAGACGGGGUCGCAGGAGAACAGAGAUCCGAUUUGUAGACAGGGGCAGGAGACGGCCGACGCCUCAGCCCAGAUCACCACGGGAACGUCAACGGCAACCUCCACCUUCCCACAAUGCUUCACACCUCCCCAGAGGCUGACUGGUACCGGUCCGUCUAGGCAGGCGGCGCUGUCGGUUCUGUUGCCAUAUAAGCCACACGGUAGUGAGAUGUUCUACGUAUCCCAGACACAUCCUGACCCACAGCUUUCCCCGGUACGGUCUGACUCCAUCGGGGAGAGUACCCACCCAGGCUCGGACGACGCGGUGCCCCCUCGCUUCAACAUAGAGAUCCUGGGGUCACGAGAGCAGCAGGUGGACAAGGUGGUGGACAGGGGGGUCAACAUCAAACACACAGAGGGUAUCUACAGCAAGAGACUAAGACUGGGAGAAAACUACAGUAUGGAGAGGACAGGUACCACGGUGCCAUUGGAUGAAGGCCAACCAAUGAUUGACCAGCAUGCUACACAGUCAAAAUUCUUCUCUCAUGUCACAGGAGGGUUAACCAGAGGACCUGCUGUACCAUCCACCACCACUAGAGGACCUGCUAUUCCAUCCACCACCACUAGAGGUCCUGCUAUACCAUCCACCACCACUAGAGGUCCUGCUAUACCAACCACCACAACUAGAGGUCCUGCUGUUCCAACCACCACCACUAGAGGUCCUGCUGUUCCAACCACCACCACUAGAGGUCCUGCUGUUCCAACCACCACCACUAGAGGUCCUGCUGUACCAUCCACCACCACUAGAGGUCCUGCUGUACCAUCCACCACCACUAGAGGUCCUGCUGUACCAUCCACCACCACUAGAGGUCCUGCUGUACCAUCCACCACCACUAGAGGUCCUGCUAUUCCAACCACCACCACUAGAGGUCCUGCUGUACCAUCCACCACCACUAGAGGUCCUGCUGUACCAUCCACCACCACUAGAGGUCCUGCUGUACCAACCACCACCACUAGAGGUCCUGCUAUACCAACCACCACCACUAGAGGACCAUCUGGGGCCACGAGGGACCAUGGAACCUCAAUCACCACGUCCACACACACCCAGGGGGUCCCAGACACAGACCGCCCUGUCCAGCCCUCCCUUCGCUGCAGCCUGGAGGUGGGGGAAGAGGAGCUGGAGGUGUUUCAGCCUCUGCAUGUAGAGAUGGACUAUAGUUCUCUGGACCUCCACCAUCACUUCCCCAAAACCCACCCAACUCACCAUCUCCACAUGGACCACCAGAUCUCCAACAUCCACCUUGUCCGAACCUCAGCCCCUGACCCAGGGAUGGAGCGAGAGCCAGGAAGGCAGGACCACAGUCUAGCCCGGCGGUGUGGCAGCACUCUGGACCAAUUGUGGCGCAGGUUCAGUGAGAGGUGGAGCCUGGAGGAAGCCCGGCCCACCAAUGAGAGAGAGGCGUCCCUGCUGGAACGUCUGGAGCGUCUGUCUCGCCUCAUCCACAGCACCGGGAACUCCGCCCCGCCAGAACCAGAACCAAGGCAGCAGACUGACACCACAGAACAAGACGGAGGAGGGAGGAGAAGAGAACGAAAGAGUGGUAGGAAGGAGGAAGAGAGGAGAAGAGAAGGUGUGGAGGAAGGGAGGAGAAGAGAAGGUGUGGAGGAAGGGAGGCGUAGGAGAGAGAAGAGUAACAGUGGACGGAGCGAUCCCGAUGCUAAAGCUAACCAGGCUAAGGCUAGUGUUCCGCGCCAGGCCUGGGAGCUGCAGGAUGAGGAGCCCCAGCCCGCAGAGGGGGAGGACUGCUCAGCCUCUUACAGUUCUAGCCCCUCCCACCGCCCGGCCCGCAGCCAGUACCUGUGUCCAGCAGAGAGAGAGAGUUCUGGGAGCAUCUCAGGGGAGACCAGCAGCUCCAUGUCUACAAUAGACACAGCUCGACUGGUGAGGGCUUUCGGAGCCCAUCGGGUCAGAGGGCUGAAUACAGGAGGGACUAGUUCCAGUCACAGGACCAGCCACAGCCUUAGUAAACUGUACAGCACCAUCCUCCAGCAGAGGCAGAGCAAGGAGCAGAGGAGAGGGAGAUCCAGAGAGACUCCUCAUGUCCCAUCAGAGUCUACUGGCACUGAUGACUCUGUAAUUCCAGCUGACUCUGCAUCAUCCACCAGCACCUACACCCUCCCCUCGCAUCGUGGCCCCUCCCACUCCAAGAAGGCAGUCAAACAUGUCAGCAAAGGCGUACAGGCAGGGGACCUGGAGAUUGUGAGUAACGGAACACGUCGCCACACCCGUGACGUUGGCACAACGUUCCCCUCGCCAGGCUCAGCCAGGGGUGCCAGGGUGCUCCCCUCCUCACACUCUGGUAGCAAGAGGGUUAGAGCGGGGGACAGGAGCCCUCAGAAAACCAAGAGGAAGAUGAGCCAACCCUUUGCCAAGCCCUAUUACCCUCAAGGUGUAUCAUGGUACAUCCCUGCUGAGAACCUGAGAGCCGAGGGCAGGAAGGAGAACAAGCCAGAGCAGCAGCCUCCCCGGGGCCCGGCCUGGUUUGAACCCUACAGCAGAACCACCCGGCCCUGGAGAGAACCGCUCAGACAGAGACAAAUACAGGACAGGGAGAGACUGACAGACAGACUACAGACCAAUCAGCUGGAGGCUGACCGGGACAGACCCAAUGAGAGGCAGCACAUCAAGCACAGCGUCAUCACCCCUCCUGGGCCUGAACCCACUGGCAACGCCCCCGCCGCUCUGGUCCGAAUCUCUCUCCAGGAAGCUCUGGAGCUGCGUCGGCCAGAGUUUGUGUCUCGUUCUCGUGAGAGGGUGAAGCGUCUGGUGCUGCAGGUGGAGGAGAGGAAGCUGCAGGUUGUCUUUAGCAGAGAGAGAAAUGAUCUCUUCAACCAACCCAGAAGACCUGGGAGACUGUCCCAACCCGCAGGUACCAACCAUCUCCCAACCCGCAGGCACAGCGGUGUUUCAAAGAGCCGUUCCAAAGAAGGAGCUGGUGCAGCGGUCGAAACAUAACCCCUCCCCUCUUCUGUUCCCCUCCCGUCCCUUAAACCAACUCUCCAAAACCUAAAACUGACCCUUACCUAAACCUAAUUUUGAUAUAUUCUGGGGCGUGUCCUUAUAGCCUUUACUAGACAGAGGAGGAGGUAAGUCACAGGAACAGGAAGCAGACUCUAACAACAGGGGGGCCAGGAGGAAGAGGUCACAGGUCAGACAGAUAAAAGUUCCCACAGCAUAUAUAGAUAACCAUGGUUCAAAAAGCUGGUUCACCAGCAAUAUGUCUUGUCUGUCUUAUCCUGCCAUGCAUUAACCAGGAGCCUAUCCAUAAAGGUUUCCGAAAUGGUCUACUCGACUCGUCAGGCUUUUUCCGUCAUGCUUCUGCAUUAUUCACGGUUCACAUAGCACCUACCUGCAGUGCAUACUGCUUGUAUCCAUCCCCAUUUCCAAAGAGCUGCCUCUUGUCCUGUUACCAAAGACACGCUCCUCCAAAACAUUAUUCAAAUAUCUGCCUUAUUGAGAACGUGCCCCCCGCACAAUACAAUUUACGGGAGCCUAUGUGCAAAGACAUGUAGGUCUGUCCUCGAGACAAUGUUGACUGGCGACACUCCAAACAUUGUUUACUGUUGUUAGUACUCGUAACUGUAGUCUCAAUCCACGAUGGACUAGGACUAGAAUAUUCCGUGCCCCCCCCCCACCCCCAGCUGAAUUGAAAUUGAAUACACAAAUACCGUCAAUCACCUGCAGAACUGGAGACAAUGGCAUGCACGUGUUGAUUUUACAUUUACACUUUUAGUCAUUUAGCAGACGCUCUUAUCCAGAGCGACUUACAGUAGUGAAUGCAUACAUUUCAGGUGUAUGCAUUCACGGGACCAGGUGUGCCUUUGAUUGGCCAAGCCCUCGGUCAUACUCCAAUUUUAUUUAUUCAUCAAAAUCCAGCCGUUUCUCCCCGACGCCGCCAGCUAUUGUGCUCAUAAUUCCUGCUGUGAAAAUAGCAAAAGUAUUUCUGACAAACCCUUGGAACUACUGUGCAUUUGGAAAGUAUUCAGACCCCUUGACUUUUUCCACAUUUUGUUACUUUACAGCCUUAUUCUAAAAUGGAUUAAAUAAAUAAA